AUGAUGCUUGUUCUUGUACCUGCCCACAGGUGGGACGCGACUCUACAAGGAGCCGCAAAUCUUAAUCCGCGGCUCUCGCGAGCUCAUCGAGCCGUGAAAAUCUCAAAAGAGCGCAUCUCAAUCAAGUGUUUCUUGUUGACCUUUUAAGUUUCCUGUUUUUGCUGAAACUACCAUUGAAAUUUUUAAAAUAACAAAAAAAAAAGUAAUUAAAAAUACAAGUAAUUUUGAACUUGGAAACCUCCGGUAUGCAUGAAUCAAGAGCAAAAAAAUGAAAAGUGUAUUUCCAUUAUUCUUUUUUUGAUUUUUUUGACAAAUAAAACUUGAACGUUUAAAUUUUCCGAUUCAAACUUCAUUUCCGUGCCACUUUAUGUGCUCUCCAUUGGUUGAUUUCCUCUCAAAUUUUAAUGAGCACAACAAGAAGGUUAAUCCAAUUAGUUGUGGACAGGAAGCGCUAACGACUACCUCGGGAGACCCAAGCGCUGGCCCGAGCGCCGAAAUUGGCGUCCUCGAAGGGACACGUGUCCUCGACCACUUCACACCUGCACAGUCUACGGUAGCGGCCUGCAAGGGCUUCAGCCAAGAAAAAGAGAGUUAAUCCCUUGAUUUGACCAUUAUGUGGGCAGCCAUUUGCUUUGUCGCAACGAAAAAGAAAAAAUGAACCGACUGAGCCAUUACCUGUCGCAACCGUGUUUGCAAUUUGACACAUAACUGUUUUCGCACCGAUUUACUUUGAGACGCGCCGCGCCGAUGGACGAUUUGGUCUGGCAAUUACGAUAGCGAUGGUGUGGAAACUCUUGAUCAAGCCAGCCUUUGAGAAAAAUCUGAAAAAGUUUGGAGAUAAAACGGAAAUCAGCCAACGUCCAGCCAACACUUUCUUUCUGCUUUCGGCUCUUUUAAAAAGCAAGACUUUUUGAACAAGCUAUACUUCCAAGGCUUCCCAGAUACCUGGUUCAAGAUAAAGAAGAAAAAUUUGGAAAAAGUUGAUAUCUUGCAAAUUUUAACUUUCUUUCCGUUCUUUUUUUCCCAUGAAGAUGUAAAAAAGGGUUUUUCAACUUUUCACCCUAUUUCUAAAUACAAUUCAGGAGUCGUUUGGAAAUCCGAGAUUAUAAUGAGAAUUCUCAUUCGAAACAGUUUUAGCGGUUAUUUUGCGAACUUAUUUUUCACCCUUCAAGUUACCCUGUAUGAUUUAUUCCAAGGGUCGUCAGUCUGACUUUGUAUAGAACUCUUACUACUGCAAGAAGGGAGUUCAAAAAAGAUUUCUAGAUGGAAUCUUUUUUUCUAUUUGAAAAAUUAAGACGAUUCGAGAAAUUAGCAACAAUCGCAAUGGGAGCUUAAUUGAGCGGAGGUGUUGGUUCUAGCGCAGAUGUAAAUCCGAUCGUCUGCCGAUAACGACGCCUUAUGUUGUUCUAACAAGUUUUAGCUACUGCAAUUAGUUAGUAAUCCGAACAAAAUAAUUUUAAAAAAAAAAGAUUUUCUCUUAUUUGAGUUUGUAAAUUUUUAUUUUUAUUUUUAUUUUAGUUUUUUGGGACUUUUAUGAUGCAAUAUUAACUUAAUAAUUGAAAAAGAACCUUUUUCCUUGCUUAAAAAUUAAAAAAAUGAGAAUGAAAAAUCAAUAUAAUAGCUUUCACCAACAAGGAGGUCAUUCUACUCGAUGUUUUUGGCCAUUGAGGCGUUGCUUCUCGAAAACUCAAAAUUUUCCCAGGUUGAGACUCUUUAGAUUAAUUUUUUUUAGUUUUUACCAAAAAAGUUGAAAAUUCAGAAUCUUUGUCUAGGUUUCAUUGAAUACUCAGAGCAUUUGAAAUUUUGAAUCAAGAAGACCUUUCAGGAAACUUUGAGUUUCAGAAUCCGUCAGUCGGAGUAGAUGCAGUUCGAUGAUCCCAGCGGGAAGUCAUAUUAGGACACGAAGAGGUGUGGGAUGCAGCUGGCGACACGAGCCAACAAUGCCCAAGUAGGGUCCAACUCCGAUGACUAUCUUCUCGACUUCGCCACCUGACCUCCACUCGACACGUGUCCCGAGCAGCCAUCCAAUCAAUUUGACAGACGUCCUCCUUGGCUCAGAAUUCCACUUUUCGAAAUUACUGUAUCAUCAAAAUGAAACGGAGAGAAAACUCAAAUAAUACAAUAAAAUUAAUCUCUGUCAACAUGAACUCUUAGAAAGGAGACUUGGCCCAAAACCGGAAAAUUGGGAAAAGACACAAUUUUUUAUAGCGGUUAUAUACUUGUAAUUAUAUACAGUCGUAGUGUUUAGAAAAAGGAAGAUUUGGAGUUUGACAAAAAAAUAUUUCAGUCAGUUAAGAAAAAUCUCACGAUUUUGAACUUAGCUACUUCUGAAUACGAAGUUUUACAAAUUCGUUAAAAUGAAAUUUCUCAGGUCACUGCUUCAAACUUUUGCUCUAAACUUAUUUCUUGGUAAAGAAAAAUUGAUUCCAAAUUCAGCAUUAGAAAACCUGAUUAUUGAAUUGAGCCCUUGCCGAAUUUUGAAAUCCGAGAAAUCGCCGACAAGGGCCAGUUUUCGUCUUCCAUCAUUCAUAUUUGAAACAGGACUUCCCUGUAAUGAUUCUGACUUCUUGACUUCUUCAGUCUUUGCGCCGUCUUUCGGAUCCAAGGACUCUAAUAACCGAUGCACCGGAAAUCAUAAAGACAGGGUCCAACAUCGUCUUCUUCUGCUUUCAGAUGCACAGGUUGCCAAGCAGCACGUUCGUAAUCCGAGAUGCCACCGUAGUUCUCCGAAAGUCAGCAGGGCUCCUGAAACUUGCUGGCAACUACCUUCUUCUCGUCAUGAGCUCAUCCUUUUUUUAUAUUUUAUGAAAUUUUCUGAUUUUUGACGGUCUUCUUAUCAGAAAGCUUAUUUUUGGACUUUUCGUGUGCUUGAAAAUUUUUCCGACCGGCUUUAUGAUUUGACGAUCUUGCAAACGAAAAAAUUGUGAAUCCUUGAAUGUGACAAAAAAGGGACGCGGCUAAUCCAAUUAUGGACAUCUUCGCCCCGCGGCUCAAAUGUCGUGCCGCUGGAAUCUGAGACUGACUUCCAAUUAGGACAGGUGCUCAUUUCGGCCCGAAUAUGGUAAUGCUUCGGAGGGCGAUCUUUUCAUCAAAAUGACUUCUGAAAAAUAGCACGAAAGAAACUUGUAUUUUCAACUUCGGACUACAAAAAAAAAGAUUUCGAGUGAAGCAUAUAUUUCAAAAAAAAUAAUGAACUUCACUGUUUUUGAAUAACGGGGAAAAAUAUAUAUUUCUGGAAACGAUUAAAUAAUUCUACCUAAAGUUUGUGAAAAAAUCAGCAACGAGAAGAUCAUUUGGGGUGGAAAGCCAGAGAAAAAAAGUCAGUGUAUUGUUUAUAUUUUUUUUAAUAUUUGCCUUUACAAUCGUCUAAACCUCCUCAAUGUUCCUAGCAUAAUUUUCAAGUUUGUGGAAAACUUCGAUCUUUGGUGAAAAGCAUUCAUUGGGAAAUACUAUCAAAAGAGUGAUUGGAAACUUCUUCAAUCAAAGCUAAUUGAAAAUAACUAUUUCUAAACAACUGUUCCAGAAGUCCAACUGUAGCGUCUACAACCUUCGCCCUUCGAAUCAAGAUUCCUUUUUCUCUGAUAAAAUUUCCAAACGCGAACAUGAACAUCACUCCUAAGAAGCUGAUAUGGUUGUAGGGAUAGAGCCAGAGCUCCGCCCUCUUGCGCGGCGACCCAAUGAACGACGGCUACUUCGCUCCGCCUCCAUAUCCGUGCUCAGAGUACUAUCAGCAACAAUUUGUGGCUCCUCACGCUUCUGUCAACUCGCCGCUGCUUCCUCCAUUAGCCCAGGGCCAUCCGCCCUGCUUCGCCAUGAUUUAUUCUAUCGAACAGGUUUAUCCAUCACUUCUUUAUUUUGAAGAAUCACAUUUGAGGAAGUAUUGUAUUGCUCAUGUUAAGUCCGAUGUGAAAAUUUAUCCGGUUCAUUUCGAUUUUAAGUUUUCAAAAUAUCUUCCCGUUCUUUCAAUAUACUCUACAAAAAUUUGCAUUAGAAAAAAUUUUUUUAAUUUUUUUCAAGCUGGUUUUUUUAAUUUUCCACUUGUCCGAAAUCCGUUUCCCCGUUUCCUGAUACCAAAUCUGAAGUUUCAACCAUGAGAAACAUUUUUUUCCCUCGAAAGAAAAAAAUAAAGAAAGUGGGAUAUAAAAAAAUUCCGAAAUCUAUAACUUUACCUCUUUUUGAAAUUAAUUUCUAUGAUGAAUCUGAAGGUUUGCAAAGACUUCAAAUUUAAGUUGAUUUUUCUUCAUUCCUGCUUCUAUUCUAGAUUUCUUCAUUUCUUCUGGUCAGUUUUGAAAAGUCUCAUCAACUGGUUGCCAAAUAUUUUACUUUUCUGGUUUUCAAAAAUCAAUUUAAAAUAUUAACCCCGAUUUUUCAUUUCUGAUCAGUUCGAAAUAUUAAACCCUUCUUCUCUGCGCCUUUGAAAAUCCAAAAAAAGUUUCAACGUACCAUUACUUCUCGAAUGGAGCUCGACUUCCGGUGAAGUGACUCGAAAAAGAUCCCCCGCUGAGUAUAAACGUCUGGCCCGAGCGCCCAACUUCCUCCAGACAAGUCAAUAUUUGGUCCGUCUCAAUGAUACCCACUUGAAACUCAUUGAACAAUCAAAAAUUGUAUUCUCCGGAAACGAACAAGAGUAAUCUCAACAGCUGGAUUUGAAAAAGAAAACAAAUGUAUCAAUGUCGAAAUUCAAACACGUGAAAAACGAGCAGGCUAGUGCAGUUUUUUCAAACAUCACCUAGGAAAAUAAUGCUGAAAAAAAGAAGUUUUCUAUGCUGUAAUUUCUAGAAAUUUUACUGAGAAAAUUUUUAAAGAUUCGUUACCUUCAAAACCCGAGUUUUCUAAGAUUUUUGAGAUUGAAAUUGCUCAUUUUUAGUUGGAGGCGAUCUGCACGACGUUGUACCAAGCACACGACGGGAAUCGCCUCGUCGCACUUUUCCAUCAGGUCGGCACCGCCGAAGCCUGGCAAAACGAAAGCAUCCUUGUUGGUUCGUUCUUUUCAUCUUGCAUGCAGUUUAACAUACCCUUCAAGACCCAAAUUCGAAAAUCUGAGUUUCAGCUUACAUUUACGCUUUAUACCACGCCGGCGACUUUGACCGCCUUUUCCACAUUCUUCAGACGCGGCCUUUCAGCGCGAACCGCUUCAAGGAACUGCAAGACAUCUGGUACAAUGCUCGGUACAAAGAGGUACUCCUUAAAUACGUCUACAAAAUUGAGAAACUUUCUGUAGAAUGAAAUGAAACGAGGAAAAGAGCUCGGCGCCGUGGAGAAGUACCGCCUGAGGCGUAAAUAUCCUCCACCGAAGACGAUUUGGGACGGAGAGGAGACCGUCUACAGCUUCAAGGAGAACAGCAGAAAGGUUAGAUUAGACGAAGGAGUCUCAACAUUUCUUCCGUGAGGGUUUCAGUAUCUGAAGCAGUUCUACAAGCAGAACAAGUAUCCGACGAUGGAACAGAAACGCGAAAUUUCCAGAAUCACUCAACUACAACUUGUUCAGGUAGACUGAAAAGCUCCUUUUUCCAAAUGAAGACUCGAGUUGCAGAUUUCAAACUGGUUCAAAAACCGAAGACAACGCGACAAACCUGCCUCGAAGGGAUCUCCAGACUCGAGUGGAAGCGGCAACUCGGAGCAUUUUCGAAGUCUUCUGCAGCACAAUCUUCAGGCCUACGCGCCGCUCAACAUGAACAUGAAUGCCAUGAACAUGCAUCCUUGCUAA